AUGGUGAAAUCAUAUGAUAGAUAUGAGUUUGAAGAUUGUUUUGGGAUAGUUAAUUCAAAAUCAUCAAAUUGCGUUUUUUUAAAUUAUAACAAUAUUUUGUCAGGACAUGAUGAAUGUGUAAGUAUAUGGAAUAUUAAUGAAAAAGAAAUAAAAAAAAAAUUGACAGUUCCCUUUACACCACCUUAUUAUUUUUUUACGUAUCACGUUACAUAUAUUUGUAUAAAUGAGAAAAAUAAAAAUAUUUUAGCAGUUGGAUAUAUAAAUGGUUCUAUUAGAUUAUUUGAUAUAGAAAAAAAUAAAAUAUUAUCAACUUUCCAUGGACAUACUUCUUCUAUAUGUAAAUUAAAAUUUAAUAAAAAUGGUAACUUUUUGUGUUCAUGUAGCAAAGAUACGAAUAUAAUAUUAUGGGAUGUUAUUAAUGAUAAAGGAGUAUUUAAACUAGAAGGACACACCAAUGCUGUUACUGAUAUAGAGUUUUUAAAAAUAAAAAAUGACUAUUUAGAUGAUUUUAUUAGUAAUAAUUUAUUAAUUAGCGUAUCAAAAGAUUGUUUAAUUAAGGUAUGGGAGUUAAAUAUUCAAUCAUGUGUACAAACCCUAGUAGAUUGCGAAGAAGAAAUUAGUUGUUUAUUAAUAAAUGAAAGUAAUACUAGAUUAAUUAUUGGAUGCAACUCUUUUUUAAGAAUAUAUAAAAUUGAUUUAUAUUCUAAUAUUAAAGAUAAAUUUACCAAUUGUAAAAUUUAUAUAAGCUUUUUGUCAACUAUUAAGAGACCUAACAAUUGUAGAAUUCAAAAUAUGAAAAUGAUUUUUUUUAUUGAAAAUGAUAUUAAUUUUGAAGAAGAAGAAAAUUUACAUUUAACAUUAAAAGAUGAUAAUAAUGUAGGAGAAAAUGAUUUAAAUAUAAACGGUGUUAAUACAAAUAUAAAUGAUAACAAUGGGGGCAUAAAAGAAGAUAAAAAUAUUAUUAAUGUUCUUAAUAAUUCUUUAAAUAAUUCUUUAAAAAUUUGUGAAAGAACAACCUACUGUUUUGAAGGGGAUAACAAUGGAAUUCUAGUAUGCUGUACUAAUUUAAAAAAAAUAGAAUUUUAUAAGAUAAAUUCAAUAAAAAAUCAAAAAAAAUCAGAAAAAGCAAAAAAAAAAAGAUACAUAGAAAAAUUAAAAAAAAAAAAAAAAAUGAUUAUAAAAGAACAAAAAAGAAUAGAGAAAUUUAAAGGAAAAAAUAAUAUUGACUAUAUUAAUUUAACAUAUAAAUUAGAAGAAAUUGAACAGGAAAUAAGUAUUUAUAACCGUUAUGAUAUUCAUACAGCCAACGAUGAAAUAAAAUAUUUAUUUAAUUAUAACUGCAAAUUCAGAUUGCAAAAUAUAGAUAUUUACAAAAAAAGAAAAAAAGACAUUUUUGUUUAUCUCCUGAUAUCUUUUGCUACGAACCGCUUGAGUAUAUUUGAGAUUAAUCUAUAUGACAUUUUGAAUAACAAAGAUAUGUUUAUUGUAAAAGGAGAAGGUAAAUCAAAGAACAGUAGUAAUCAAAUUAAGGAGGAAGAAAGUGAAAAUAAAGAAAAAAAUGAAAAAGAAGACAAAGAAAAAAACAGUGAAAGUGAAGACGAAGAAGAAAAAAAUGAAAAAGAAGACAAAGAAAAAUAUAGUGAAAGUGAAGACGAAGAAGAAAAAAAUGAAAAAGAAGACAAAGAAAAAUAUAGUGAAAGUGAAGACGAAGAAGAAAAAAAGGAAAAUGAAGGAAAAGUAGAAAAGAGCUUAAAAAUAAUAGAAAAAAAAAUAUAUGAUUAUUCGAAAUGCUUUAAAGAAAUAUGCGAGAUAAACAAAGGACAUAACAGUUCUGUGAACUAUCUAAAUUUAUCAGAAAAUGGAGAAUUAAUGGUUUCCAUAUGCAAGAGAUAUGUGAAAAUUUGGAAUAUGAAAACUUUUCAGAAUAUAAUUACAAUUAAUUCAGAAGGUUGCACAAGUGCAUUUUUUUGUCAUAAUGAUGAGUACUUAGUAAUUAGUGAUGAAUAUGGAUAUAUUUUUUUAUAUGAAUUAAAAAAUAUUGAAUUAAAAUAUAUAUAUAAGGCCCAUACAAAUAAAAUUAUUAAUUUAUGUAAAAAGUCGAAAAGUAACUCAUUUUUAUCAGUUGGAGAAGAAAAUUAUUUAAAAAUUUUUGAACUUACUUCAAGUAAAGAGGCCAUUGAGCAUGAAGAAAGUGAUGAGGAAAAUAAAGAAUUGAGAGAAGUUGCAAAUAAAAAAAAUAGUAGAAGUAAUGAUAAAAAAGAAAUAAACAAAAUAAAUGAGAACGAAGAAACAGUUAAUCAAAAGGAUAAUUUCUUUUUAAGAUUUACAGAAAUGGAUUGUUAUAACUUAACAGAUAAAGUAAGUUGUGCUAUUUAUUCUCCUAAUGAAGAAUACAUUUCUAUUGGUUAUUUAAAUAACUUAAUAGAAGUAUUAUAUAGUGACACUUUAAAAUUGCAUUUAACCUUAUAUGGACAUAGUUUACCUAUAACAUGUAUUGAUAUUUCAAAAGAUAACAAAUUGUUAGCUUCCAGUUCAUCAGAUAAAUUUUUAUUUAUCUGGAAUUUAGAAUAUGGUAGUAUAAAUAAGAGAUUACAUAUAAACUGUGAUGUGUUAACAAAAAUUCAAUUUUUUAAUGAAAGUAAUAAUUUAAUAAGUAUAUCAAGAGAUGGUUAUAUAAAAAUGUGGGAUGCAGUAAAAUUUGAGUGUAUUUGUACUAUUGAUGGAAGCUUUGGUAUUCUUACUUCUUUAGUUAUUAAUUAUAAUGAUGAUUUUUUCUUAACAUCAGGAACUCAUAAAAGUAUCAGAUACUGGAAAAGAGGAGAUGAUUUAAUAUUUUUAGAAGAAGAAAGGGAUAAAGAACUAAAUUUACAAAUUGAAAAAGAAGCUGUAAGGAAUGAUUUAGCAUAUCCAUCCUCUGUUGAGAAAAAUGUUUUACUAAAUAAAGCUACUAUAAAAACUAUUGAAACUAUUAAAUCUUCUGAAAAACUAAUCGAGUAUCUUGAUAUAAUAGACGAAGAAUUAACUUUGUUAGAUGUAUAUUAUAAAAAUUUAACAGCAUACCAAGAAGCAAAAAAAAAAAAUGAACUUCCCGAUUUUGUUCAACCACCCACCAAACCUAAUUCUAGACCUGAAUUAUUAAAUAAAGAUCCUUAUGAAUUCAUUAUUGAAAUUGUAUGUAAUAUUAAAAAUAACAUUUUAAAUGAAGUUUUAAUAUCUUUGCCAUUUUCCUAUGCAUAUAAAUUAUUAGAUUAUAUUAAAACUUAUCUAAAAUCUUUUUAUUUUUUUCAAAAAAUUCAAGAUAACCGAAAAAAAUUUCGUUCUUGUGGAGAUUUCAAUUUCUAUGUAGAAUAUUCAAUUAAUAUUGUUUUAAACAUAAUAAAUAUUUAUAGAAAUCAGUUCUUGUUUGAUACUAAGUUUAGAUUUCUUUUAUAUGAAUUACAUGAAUUAAUUAUCCCACAUUUAAGAAACUCAGUAGAGCAGUGUUCGUUUAAUCAAACGACCUUGAAUUUUUUAAUAAACUCUAUAGAAGAUGAUAAUUUAAAUUUGAAUGAUUAUGAUCAGGAAUUCUUACAUACUAAGAAAGAAUUAAGGAAUAAAGAUAAAAUAAAUACAAAAAUAAAAAACGAGAAAAACGUAGAGUGUUUAAAGACCCCUGGUACAAAUGAAAAUGAAAAAGAAGAAUUUAGAAACAAUAAAAAAAAGGGGAAUUAUGAAAAAAUAAAUAAAGAUAAAAAUAAAAACUAUGAUAUAAUUGAAAAUAAUGAUGUUGAAAAUAAUGAAAAUAAAAAAAAUGAUAAAGAUAUGGUUAAUAAUAAAAGUGGUAAAAGUGGAAAAAAAAAAAGAAAAGAAGAAAUAAAUGGAAUAACGACAAAAAAAAAAGGUACAGAAAAAUAUGAUAAAAAGAAAAAAAAAAUCUGUAAAAUAUGA